GAAGUGGCCCAAAAUUACACGCAGCCUGCCCCUCCCAGACGCUCUCUGCCCUCGCUCCCCUUCCAUCCUCGUCUUCCCCGCCGCCGCCCAGAUCCGGCGUCCCUGGCCCCGGCGGCCCGCAGCUCGCGGCAGGCCGCCCGGUCGGUCUCUCCUCACUAUCGAGGCUCGGCCCGGCCCCGCUGGGCAGCUCCUCCCCGACGCCCUCCUGCAGGAAGCAAAGCCCUCCGACGUCUCAACAGUUGUCCACUCGUGCAAACUAGCAGUUUCUUUUACCACCAGAAAGGAAAAGGGAGACACGGAUCACGAUGGCGUUGCGGCAGGCGCUGGGAUGGUCAGACGGGGAGCUGAUGCGGCCGGAGUCCAAGCCCUGCUCCCGCCUGAUGCGUCACACCGCGGGCAUCUUCUCUGUGGGUGGCGCCCUCGCUUCCUGGGUUCUCUGUCGCCUUCACUAUGGUCCGAGGAUAACGGUCCCGAGGAGCGUGAGGUGGGCGUCCUGUGGAGCGAUCUGCACGAGCACGGCGUCCGCGUCGCUGGUGCGGCUCUUGAGCCCGGAGUGCGAGCCACAGAACAUAGCGGCUUACGACAGGCCUGAACAUAAGCCUGCAUAGUGGUACAUCUAUCUUGGAGGUGAGGUUCUUGAUCACCUAUUCCAGGAGAUGGAGACAUUUAUCUGCCAUUGUCGUGUGAGAGAGGUUCAUUUACGCAUAACCUAGCUGCCCAGGAGUUCAAUAAUGUGUCAUUUUUCCUGGCCGUUGCUGCUGAGUUUUUUCUUCUUCUGAAAGUGCCGUAUUCAGUAACUCUGGUCUCAAGCAGAGUGCUCGCUCUUGCUCUGUUGGAAGUGAUUUCUCAACUCCACAGUCUAACUGAAAGAGAAACCUAGUUGGGCAAAGGCAGUCUGGCGCCACCGUCUACUGGCCGACCGACGUUCGUUGCGGCGGCACAGCAGCGUCGGAGUUAGUGGCAUUGACGCGCGAAGAAGGGGCACGAUCGAGGAAAACGGGUGGCUCGCUGCUGUUUUGCUCAUUACUACUGUACUCGUGAUGGAUCGACUCCAUCACCUACUAGCUCGUUGUCGGUGUUAAUGCAUGGCAACCGCUGAUUAAUGAGUAUGCUCUUCAAUUAA